GCGUGGCGCUCUUUCGCGCCCCCUGGCGUCCGCGGUGCCAACCGCGGGCGGCCCGGGCCGCGGACCGAUGGAGUCCCGGCGGCCGAGCCCGUCGGUGGGCGUGGGGCAGAUGGGCGUGUCGCCGCGGGUGUCCUUCCUCCACCCUCGGGGCACCCCGGUGCCCGUGCUCUUCAGCUUAACGAAUUCCAGUGAUGCAGCUAUGAAACACGCUUUGCCCAAGAGUCAUUUACCCCAAGUGAUUAUUCAUGACAACAUAAGUGCCCAGCGUAUUUGUGAAAUAGAGUCCAAUGCCACGGACAAGACCAAGAGGAAGUCCGCCCACCAGCACAACCACCUGAAGAAGAAGUUCUUGACCGACCAGAUAAAGAAGAUCCGGCGCUGGAGGCGGGAAGCUCAGAGCUUCCUCAAGUACAUGGCGCUGACCAACCUGGAAAGCGAUGAAGAGGCUCUCGCUGGGACUUCUCAGGCUGAUGCAGCUCAAGAGCCUCCCAAGAUGAAAAUCCCUUCCAGAUCCACAGGCGAGGCUCCAUCUAAGUCAAACAGCCCGGCCGCGGCGUCAUCUGCCAAACGAAACGCCUCCAUGUCAGGGACCGGAGCAAGUCUUUAGGCUUGCACCGUAAUAAACUACCCCCAGGGCC